AUGGCGAUACGCGAGGGGCCGUGGCAGAGCAAGAAUGACCACGACUUCAUCCUUCGAUCCUUGCGGGGCGGGCGCCGGGCGGACGGGAGGCAGCUCGGAGACAUGCGGCUGUUGCGUAUGGUGUUCGCUCGCGCGGAGGGGCAGGCCAGCGCCGAGAUUCAGCUAGGGCGAACGCGAGUGCUGGGGGUUGUCACGGGCGAGGUGGUCCCACCUUUUCCGGAUAGGCCAACGGAAGGGUUCCUGCACUUCAAUGUCGAGCUAGGGCCGAUGGCUGCCGCCAGCGUGGGGGAGCAACGCAAUUCGCCGUUGUCGGUGGAGAUCGCGCGGGUGAUCGAGAUCGGAGUGAGGGACUCACAGGCCCUUGACACAGAAGCGCUUUGCAUCAUUGGCGGCGAGAAGGUUUGGCAGCUGCGGUGCGACGUGCACAUCCUUGACCACGGGGGGAACUUGAUUGACGCCUGCACGCUGGCCACGAUGGCCGCGCUCCGACAUUUCCGACGACCAGAGCCGGCUUCGUGGAAGUAG